GAUAAGCCUGAAGUUCAAAACAGCCGAGCCAUGGCGAAAACAAGAACGAACCAUAGCUACUAGACAAAGAGGACCUUGAAGAGGUCUCUAUAAUGGCGUCUCUAAUGCUUUCCCUCUGCACCAAUUUCGCCACUCACUGCCGUGUCUCCACCAAGCAGAAUACACCAUUAUCAACACCAAUUUCAUCUUCAUUCAAACUCUCUCCUUCUUCCCGCCCUGCAUUGUCCUUCGUCCUCAAGUCCUCGGAGUCCGAAGCCGCUGUAAUCAUCUCUGAGCCUGCCCCUUCCCAAAUCGUUGAAGUCCCCUCGGAACAGGCCCCCAAGCGCGAGGAAAUCUUCGCGGUUGUUAUGAUUGGAUCCCGCCAAUAUAUAGUAUUUCCAGGGCGUUAUAUCCAUACACAGAGGCUGAAAGGAGCUAACGUCAAUGAUAAGAUAACUCUGAACAAAGUUUUGCUUGUGGGAACAAAGACUCAGGCAUACAUUGGAAAACCAAUAGUGACAAAUGCUGCUGUUCAUGCCGUUGUCGAGGAGCAGGGAUUAGAUAAGAAGGUUAUUGUGUUCAAGUACAAGAAAAAGAAAAACUAUCGACGAAACAUUGGACACCGUCAGCCAAAUACGCGGAUUAGGAUAACGGAAAUCAGUGGAUAUCAAGAUUAUCCAGCAGCCACACUCGAGUCGUAGAAACAAAUUCUGAUGAUCAGCAGGUUUGAAGAUCUUAAAUCCUUAUUUCUUGCUCAAAAUCCCCACUUUUCUGUAUGUAAGUUCUUGUGAAUCCAAAUGUUUCAACUCAAUUGUUUCCAUCUGUUAACGAAUCUCAUAUAAUCGUUAGUGACCAUUCUGUCCAUUUUUCAAGGAAUUUUAUU